GCCUCAGAGCGCCGCCGCCAUUUUGAGCGUCUUUCCUUCCUUCCUUCCUUGGUUCCGCUCGGCAGGGAGGGAGAGCCGAUGCGCCCGGGCGUGAAGCUUUUCGUGGGCAACGUGCCCGAAGAAGCGUCGCAGGUGGAACUGCGCGAGUUGUUCGAGGCAGCGGCGGCCGAGCCGGGCGAGGUGCUGAACGUGGCCCUCAUGAAGCAGUUCGCCUUCGUGCACAUGCGCGACGAGGAGGCGGCCGAGCGCGCCAUCCUCAAGCUUAACGGCCACCCGCUACAUGGCCGCCGCGUCGUCGUCGAGCCCUCGCGGCCUAGGCCCACACACACCGUCAAGGUCUUUGUGGGCAACGUCUCGGCCGCCUGCACUAGUAGCGAGCUGCGCGUCCUCUUCCAGCAGUAUGGGCCCGUGGUCGAGUGCGACGUCGUCAAAGACUAUGCGUUCGUUCACAUGGAGAAAGAAGAGGAUGCUAGAGCCGCCAUUGAACACCUUAAUGGAAGGGAAGUCAAAGGAAAAAGAAUUAAUGUGGAACUUUCUAAUAAAGCUCAUAAAAGGGGACCAGCUGGGCACAGCGGGCAGCCAGGUGGUGGAGCUGAAAAGAACAAAAUACCAACUCUAGAGAAACUCCAGCCCAGGAAUGAUGGUUUGAGGUCUGCUGAUCUUGCCUUCCCAGUGGCAGCUUCCACGUAUUCUACACUUGAGUAUGAUUACCAGCAGCGCAUGGGCAACACCACCACACAGGAUGGUCAGGCCAGACAGGUAUCUCCCUCCUAUUUUGGAAGGGACAGGAGCCCCAUUAGACGUUCACCCACAAGAGCUGGUUACACGCUUCCUGUGGCAGCUCAGCAAGCCUCCUACAGAGACCAGGCUGCUGCCUCCCUGGGAGCAGCCUACAGAGACCAGCCUUCAGCCUCUCUGGGGAUGGCUUAUAGACCCCAGCCUACAACUGGACAAGCAGCCAUGUACAGAGCCCAGUCAUCAGCUGUAGCUGGAAGUGCAUACAGAGCUCAGUCCGCUGUUCCCAUGGCAGCUUCGGGUGCUCAGCCAGCAGCUUCAGCUCUAACAUCCUACAGUGCCCAGGCAGCUGCCACUUACAAUGCUCAGGCUGCUGCCGCUGCUGCUGCCACCGCUGCCGCCUAUGGCACACAGCCUGCUGCUUCCCAAGUACCCUCUUACGGGGCCCAGCCCAGCACAACCUAUGCUGCUGCUUAUGGGGCUCAGGCUGCUGCAACAUAUGCAGCUACCUAUGGGGCCCAAGCAGCUGCUGCAUACUCUGCCUCUUAUGGGGCCCAAGCGGCUGCAAGCAGCCAGGCAGCCUUGUACAGUGCCCACUCUCUGUCAGCCCAGCCAGCUUCUUAUGGAGUCCAGCCAGCUGUUGGCCACCCAGCUUCCUAUGGCACCCAGGCUGCAUCUACUCUGCCAGCUGCAUACGGAGCACAGUCUGCAGCAAACCUGGCAGCUGCUUACAACAUGCAGGAUGCAGCUGCCGCUUCCUACAAAGCAUCACUUCCUGCUUCGAUGUCAUCAGCCUACAGAGCACAGGUCUCCAAUCCAGCAGAGGCAGCCUAUGCAGCACAGCAGUCUGCUUCCGCUCAGUUAGCUGGUUACAGAGCUCAGCAAGCAUACAAUGGGCUAACUCAGUCUGCACAACAGGUGGCCACCUAUUCAGCAAUGUCUCAGUCGGAAGCCGCUGCGCUCCACCCCCCAUAUGAACGCACCCGUCUCUCCCCACCACGUGGCAGCCGUGAAGAUCUCUUGAGAAAAGCAGCUGCAAUGAACAAGAGGUACAGUUCUGACCUCUCAGAUGACCGCCGUUUAUCUGAACUCUCAGAUUUCCGCCGUUUAGCCGACUCCCCUCACGCAUACCGCCAUUCGCCGACAAAAGCUCAACUGGAUUAUCGCCGUCUCCCAGAAACGCAGGCCGAUUAUGCCCGGUAUGCGGGUGCCUAUGGCGAUUACUUGCGUAGUGCACAGCUGCAACUGCAGGCUAGUUACCAGCGCCGCCUGUAGAGGAUUUCCCCCCCCCCCCCGGCUCUUUUGGGGUGGGACUGCGUCUCUGUUCAGGAGCCCGCCGUUGUGACCCUCAUAACAUAGCCCCCCACUUGCUGCGUUUGCAGUGUACAGCCUUUGCCGUUUGAUUUCAGAAUCGCCUUUUAGUCACUACAUUUCUUCCUGCCUGUUGGCAGCUGAUCAGUUUAGCUCUUUAAGUUUCUUUU